AUGCUCCUGCUGCGCUGCCCGCUGCUGCUGUUGCUGCUGCCGCUUACCUCCAGGCCCCAGAAGUUACCUACCAGAGAUGAGGAACUCUUCCAAAUGCAGAUCCGGGACAAAGCAUUUUUCCAUGAUUCGUCAGUCAUCCCAGAUGGAGCCGAAAUUAGCAGCUACCUCUUCCGAGACACCCCAAAAAGGUAUUUCUUUGUGGUUGAAGAGGACAACACCCCCUUAGCAGUGACAGUGACACCAUGCGAUGCCCCUCUGGAGUGGAAACUGAGUGUGCAAGAGCUCCCAGAGGAAGCCAGUGGAGAAGGUUCAGGUGAACCAGAACCUCUUGAGCAACAGAAACAGCAGAUUACUAAUGAGGAAGGCACAGAGCUGUUCUCUUACAAAGGCAAUGAUGUUGAGUACUUUGUGUCCUCUAGUUCCCCAUCUGGUUUGUACCAACUAGAUCUGCUGUCGACAGAGAAAGAUACACAUUUUAAAGUGUAUGCAACCACUACUCCAGAGUCGGACCAACCUUAUCCUGAAUUACCUUACGAUCCCAGAAUCGAUGUCACUUCUCUGGGACGUACAACAGUGACGCUGGCGUGGAAACCAAGUCCUACCGCCUCCUUACUGAAACAGCCAAUUCAGUAUUGCAUAGUCAUCAAUAAAGAACACAAUUUCAAAAGCCUCUGUGCUGUUGAAGCCAAGCUCAGUUCUGAUGAUGCCUUCAUGAUGGCUCCAAAACCGGGUCUGGAUUUCAGUCCAUUUGACUUUGCCCAUUUUGGCUUCCCCUCAGACAACAACUCUGGCAAAGAACGUGGUUUCCUAAAGUCAUCAUCAAAGUUUGGGCGCCAAACAUCCUCAAAGCCGAGAGUUGACCUGCAUAAAGUUUGUAUUGGGAACAAGAACAUCUUCACAGUGUCGGACCUGAAGCCCGAUACGCAGUACUACUUUGACAUGUUUGCAGUAAAUACCAACACUAACAUGAGCACCGCAUACGUUGGCACCUUUGCCAGAACGAAGGAGGAGGCUAAACAGAAAACAGUCGAACUGAAGGACGGCAAAGUUACAGACGUAUUCAUCAAGAGAAAGGGAGCCAAAUUUCUACGGUUUGCUCCUGUUUCAUCUCACCAAAAAGUCACCUUCUCCGUUCAUUCAUGCCUGGAUGAUGUUCAGAUCCAAGUUAGAAGAGAUGGAAAACUUCUCUUGUCUCAGAACGUGGAGGGUGUGCGGCAGUUCCAGCUUCGGGGAAAAGCAAAAGCUAAAUACCUCAUUAGGCUGAAAGGAAGCAAAAAAGGUGCUUCUAUGCUGAAGAUCCUGGCUACAACAAGGCCUAACAAGCAGUCGUUUCCUUCUCUUCCUGAAGAUACGCGAAUAAAAGCCUUUGACAAACUCCGCACGUGUUCUUCGGUCACGGUGGCGUGGCUGGGCACACAGGAGAGAAACAAAUUCUGCAUCUACAAAAGGGAAGUGGAUGACAACUACAAUGAAGAGCAGAAGAAGAGAGAGCAGAACCAGUGCCUGGGUCCAGAUACGAGGAAAAAAUCGGAAAAGGUUCUCUGUAAAUACUUCCACAGCCAGAACAUCCAGAAAGCAGUGACCACAGAGACAAUCAGAGGCCUGCAGCCUGGCAAGUCCUACCUGCUGGAUGUUUAUGUGAUAGGGCACGGCGGGCACUCUGUGAAAUAUCAGGGCAAAUUGGUGAAAACAAGGAAGUUCUGUUAGUGCCCCUGUACACAGAAAUAUGCGGAACUCCGGUCUGAACAUUAUCCAACUUCCAAGUAUACGGAUUGACUACUUGCACAGCUGAGAAGUUGUGACCUGUAUUUGUACUGUGUAGAAAAGAUAUCAACUUGUAUAUUUAUGUUUACAUAAGUAAUUGUUUGGAGGAACUGAGGCUGGUGCUCUCUGGUAGCAUCUGGCAACGGUAUUAUCAUGUGUCCAGUGACCCACAUGUGAUGCUCAGUAGAUGUCCAAGGUAGCAGGAAACCUCGAAGGAACUGGCACUCCUUUGCUUCCAUAUUGCAUGAACUGCUUCUAAAUUAUUUUAUACUUAAAAGGCUGAGAUACAUCAUUCGUCCACCUUGUUAUUCACACACAAAACUCACAGACCUUUCUCUCAGUGUAGACGGUAGGGUUUCUGUAAAUUAUUUUAUAGAGUCUUGUUUUAAAUGUUUAUGUUUCUAUGAUUGUAAACUAUUAAAAUAUCUCCCCAAUAAAAUACAGAUCUAAACUAAGUAUUAACUGGGCUGCACGUGAAGCAGUUUCAUUGCUAAUGUAAAUUCUUACCUAGCUGAUUUUCAUGUUUAAAUACUGUAUGUAUUUCAUGUACAAAGUUGCCAUAACGUUAUAUUCCUGUACAUAAAAUUAAAAAUAUUAGAUUAUA